AUGUUGGAAUUUGACUUCGAUCGCCUUGCCCCCGAAACGACGGGAACUCAAAACAUGCCUCCCGUCUCUACCGUCGCUUCGGACGUUGAGGAACUCCAGAAGCGUAACAAAGAGCUCGAGAUGUUUAACACUCAGCUGCUUGGAAUGGUCCGUGGUGUUAGAGACGAGCUUAAGGGCAUGAAGGAGGGUCUCGAGACAGCUAAGGAAGAACUUCAGUCGGUACGCACGCACAACGCCCGGCUACAAGGCGAGCUGUCUAGUCUUACCAAGCGACGACGCGUAAACAAUCGAACCAAACACAGCGAUCUGGAACGUUCCCAAGCCGCCGAGAUCACGGGACUCAAAAAAGAGUUGGCGCAGGCUAAGCUCCGGGAAUUCUCGGUGCCAGGAUCAGACACGAGCAACGGGUCUAGCGCAGAAGACGUGCCAGUCUUCUUUAGAGAUUCCAGUGCGUCAAGCAACUCAAGACAGGGCAGCGUCGAAAGCUCCCGAAAGAGACGUAGCCCAGGAGUAGAAAUCUGGGACAACUCCCUGGAUUUGCUCCAGUUUAACACGGGCCCGAGUCACCAACAAAAUGUUUUGUUUAGCCAAGCACUCCAUGGAAAUCAGAAUCAGCAAAGUGUCUCGAUGGCUUCGAUGGCCCAAUUUGGCGGACUCCCGGAAGAACAGUCGAUGUCAGGCUAUCCGCAACUCUACAACCAAGAUCAGAUGGCGGGACAACAUAAUCAGUUGUCUUGGGGAACCGGAUAUACUAUGAACAGUCAGCCUCAGCAGGGAAAUGGUAUGUCUUCAUGCCAGAACUACCCCGGACCGUAUCAAGCCUCAAACUGGAGCUUCUAA